AGUCUCUGUCACGUGUGGCCCCUCGUGGCUCUCAGUGAUGGUCCCGGUCUGUCUGCUGGGGGGCCGUGCGGCCGGUGGGGAGCUAAUCCUGGGCUCUGGAUGUGGAGUGACCAGUGCUGACAGGGAUGGAUUCCAGCUGGAGCACCCACUCCUGGGCUGUGGGACCACCCUGGAGCUCCUCCCAAGCAGAAUCUGCUACAGGAACAUCCUCCACUACCACCCCUCAUCCAUGGGGCUUGUGGCUCGUGCCAGACCCUUCUCCCUGCCUGUGGAGUGUAAUUACCCCAGGACAGGCAACAUUUCAUCCAUGCCCAUCUGUCCCACCUGGAUCCCCUUUGGCUCCACCGUGGUCCACUGGAGGCGGCCACGCUUCGCCCUGGCUGUGUUUGACAGCUCCUGGUCCUCCCACCUAUCCCACUCCUCCUAUUCCCUGGGGGAGUUGAUCAACGUGCAGGCGUCCCUGGGCACCGACCCCCGAGAGCCCCUGAGGGUGUUUGUGGACAAGUGUGUGGCCAUUCCAAGCCUUUCCAAACAGCCAGAAUUCUGUGUCAUUGCUGACAACGGGUGCCUCCUGGAUGGGCAGCUCGGCCGCUCCCGUUUCCUCCCGCGGCAUGGAAACCACUCCCUCCGCUUCCAGCUGGACACCCUCCUCUUCCCAAACCUCUCCGGCAGCCAGACCUCCCUCCGCUGCCACCUAAAGGCUGUGGCUCCAGGGGCUGGAAGUGCCUCUGGAAAAGCCUGUUCCAACUACCGGGAGGCAUCUGCCUGGCAUUCCCUGGAUGCUGGAUUCACGGGAUUGGACUGCUCAUGCUGCGGGUCCCCAGAAGGCUGCGGGGGGCGGCGUCGGCGGCGUCUGGUUGGUGGAGGGCUCCUGGGAGAAGCUGGUGUCAACCUGGGGCUGCUCUCGGCUCGUCCCAGCCCAGCCCCCCCGGAGCCCACCCCGGCACCCCCUCACAGCCCCCUGGUGACAGAAGGGGACCAGAGGGACUCAUGGCUGGCUGUCCCCGGCUCCCUGGUGGCCUUGGUGGCCAUGUGCUCCGUCCUGGUGGCCGUCGGCACCGUCGGCCGCUACUGCUCCGUGCGGAGGUGCCGCACUGGGAACGGGGAGCGGGGCCUGGGAGGGUCCUGGGGGAGGCAGGGAGCCAAAGAAGAGGACUUAGCCCUCUGA